AACAAAAUUGGCCAACGAUGUCGUUUUAAUACACGACCGGUUCAUCUCUAGUGGAUGACACCUGGAUUUUAACUUUCAACAGUUGAAAACCGUUAAAACGAUAAAAUCUGAACACAGAAAUAUCAUAUGAACAGAUUGCAGAAUCCAACCUCACAGACCGGAGUUGAUGCUUCUCUGUGCGAAUCUAAACAAGCCAUGGAACUCAACGCAGCCAACUCUCCUUCUCCCAAAAUGCAAAACCUCGAACGACGUAAACCAAAUCCACGCCCGUUUAAUAACAACUGGUUUCAUCCAAUGCCCCACUCUCACCACCAAACUCAUCCUCGCUUUCUCUCCUUCACCAUUGCCUCCCUUGGUCGACUUUGCUCGCCAUGUCUUCUUCAUGCACCACGCUUUCCCGACACAAGACAGGGACCCUUUUCUUUGGAACGCUGUAAUGAAGUCAUAUUCCCAUGGGCGUGACCCGGAACAAGCUUUGCUCCUGCUCUCUUUGAUGCUUGAGUGUGGGGUUUCUUUUGAUAAGUUCUCUUUGUCUUUGGUACUUAAAGCGUGUUCGCGGUUGGGUUUAAUGAAGGAAGGAAUGCAGGUUCAUGGGUUGUUGAGAAAGCUGAAUUUUGGGUCUGAUUUGUUUCUGCAAAAUUGUUUGAUUUCUUUGUAUUUACGCUGUGGUUUUAUUGGAUACGCGCGCCAAUUGUUUGAUAAUAUGUCUAUGAGGGACUCCGUUUCAUAUAAUUCGAUGAUUGAUGGGUAUAUUAAACGGGGGAUGAUUGAUUUGGCAUGCGAGUUGUUUGAUUUUAUGCCAAUGGAGUAUAAGAAUUUGAUAACUUGGAAUUGUAUGAUUAGUGGUUACGCCCAAUUGGAAAAUGGGAUGGAUUUGGCUUUGGAAUUGUUUGAGGAAAUGCCGUAUAGGGACUUGAUUUCGUGGAACUCGAUGAUUAACGGGUUUGUAAAGCAUGGGAAUAUGGAAGAUGCUCAGGCUUUGUUUGAUAUCAUGCCGAAAAGGGAUGUCGUCAGUUGGGCUAAUAUGAUCAAUGGAUAUGCUAAAUUAGGUAAGGUUGAUCUAGCUAGGCGGUUGUUUGAUGAAAUGGUGGAAAGAGAUAUUGUCAUGUGUAAUGCUAUGAUGGCUGGUUAUGUCCAAAAUGGAUAUUGUGCAGAAGCUUUAGAAAUAUUUUAUCAUUUGCAAAGGGAUGGUAAUUUGCAGCCUGAUAAUGCCACAUUGUUGAUUGUUCUUUCAGCAAUUGCACAAUCAGGGCACAUUGAAAAAGGGUUGGUAAUACAUCGGUAUCUAGAGGAAAACAAGUUUUCUUUGGAUGGAAAACUUGGUGUUGCUCUUAUUGACAUGUAUUCGAAAUGUGGCAAUGUAAAGAAUGCUAUGCUGGUUUUUGAGGGUAUAGAGGAUAAGAGUGUUGAUCACUGGAAUGCUAUGAUUGGUGGGUUAGCCAUUCAUGGCUUGGGUGAAUUGGCUUUCAAUUUGCUCAUGAAGAUGGAAAGGCUUUCUGUAGAACCUGAUGAUAUCACAUAUAUUGGGGUGCUGAAUGCUUGUGGCCAUGCUGGCUUGUUGAAGGAAGGUCUGAUUUGCUUUGAUAUCAUGAGAAGAGUUCACAAAAUGGAACCAAAGCUGCAACAUUAUGGAUGCAUGGUUGACAUCCUUGGCCGGGCAGGGCAGGUAGCAGAAGCAAGAAAAUUUAUAGAGGAAAUGCCUAUUGAAGCCAAUGAUGUGAUUUGGAGGGCUCUGCUCAGUGCUUGCAAAAAGAAUGAAAACAUCGAUGUUGGAGAACCGGUGGCUAAUCAUUUAUUUACACUGGACUCUUGUAAUUCAAGUUCUUAUGUUCUUCUAUCUAACAUAUAUGCCGAUCGCGGUAUGUGGAAUGCUGUUAGUAGGGUUAGGAUGAUGAUGAAAGCGAGAAAUCUGAAGAAAAUCCCUGGUUGCAGUUGGAUUGAACUAGAGGGAACUGUUCAUGAAUUCUUCGUGCAUGACAAAUCCCAUUCCCAAGUUAUGGAGAUCUAUUCUUUGUUGGAUGGCUCGACAACAUCCAACUCUGAGGUCACACCUUGUGGACGUCAUGUUUAGGUUGGAAUCUACAACCUGAAAGCCUGGAACUCAGUUGUAGAUAACAAGGAUCUUAUUUCAUGUAUGAUUAGUUGCUUGGAACUUAACUGUAUGCUGUUCAAUUAUUGUAACUGUAAUUUCAAUUAAUCUUUUUCAGUAACAUACUAAUAUUUGUUUGAGGAGUAAGGUUGCUUUGUCUCGUUCUUUCGGCUCAUUGUUUAUCCAUAAGCUAGUUGGUCUUUCUGGCGGCAACGUUUCCCACCAAAUUUUACUGCCUGUCAAUUUGUGGAUUUGUACUUAGGACAAAUAAGUU